AUUCUUGCACUUAGUAUAUGUCACGUGGAAAGCGCGCCUAAUUACAUAAUAUAAUACCACAGUGAAAGAAAUAUGUUGUGCCACACCCCCUUUUUUUAUUUCAUUUUUCAAAGCUUUGCAAAUGUUUCAAUUGUUUAGAAUUCUGAAUUUUGCACCACCAUUUAUUUAUACACGAAUAAGUAACGAAUCCAUGGACAAUACUCGUAGAAUUAUAAUGUUAAUUUGAUAGAUUAGCUACGUUUGAUAGACAAACAGACAUACUAAGUCAUCUACAUUGGAACAUUAUCCAAAAUGACAGAAUAUUGGUUAAUAUCCGCACCUGGAGAUAAAACAUGUCAACAGACAUGGGAAACCAUGAACAAUUUGACAUCAAAACAACAUUCUUUGUCAGUCAACUACAAAUUUCAUAUCCCAGAUUUAAAGGUGGGAACAUUGGACCAAUUGGUUGGCUUAUCAGAUGAUCUAGGAAAACUUGAUGCUUAUGUUGAACAAGUAACACGCAAGGUGGCAACAUACCUAGGAGAAGUUUUAGAAGAUCAGAGAGACAAGCUACAUGAAAAUCUUUUGGCUAACAAUAGUCAAACGUCAGUGGAUGGGGAGAGCUCGAGCCCCGAAGGGGGUCCGGACACCCCGCCAAACACCCCCGUCACCCCAUCACACAAGUCUUCAAAGGAGCAUCACAAGCAGUGGAAGGAAUCGGAGAAAUGUGAACCAGAACCAGCCGCCUGUUUAGGUCAGCAUCAUCACCAGCGUCAUCAUCAUCACGAGCAUCAUCAUAGUCAUAAACAUCACAAUCAUCCUUCCGAAACCGAAAAGAAAUCAUCAUAUAGUCCCCAAGGCAUCUGUGAUGUCAGAUCAUCAAAUGAUCCUUUAUCAGCAUAUUCAUGCUACCAUGCGCAUUGGUGCGCUGCUUCUACCUCUUCCACACCUAUUCCUAGUCCUACUCCCACGAGUCCGAGUCUUUCCCUUUCAUCAAACUGUAGCAGUGAAGGAGAGACCAGAUGGCAGUCGGCGACACGUCAUCGGACUACUGAGAAAGCAGAUCGAUCUACCUCCAAUCGCAAAUCGCUCGGCAAUGACGACGACGAAGACGAUGCGGACCAAAACAACGACCAAGACCAAGACCAAGACCAUAGCGGCAAUUUGCCCAAUCCAGGUGAUCUACCAUCAUAUAUAACUCGAUUCCAGUGGGAUAUGGCAAAGUAUCCUAUCAAGCAAUCAUUGAGAAAUAUUGCUGACAUUAUCAGUAAACAAGUGGGUCAAAUUGAUGCUGAUCUUAAAACUAAAUCUACAACAUAUAAUAAUUUGAAAGGAAGUUUACAAAAUCUUGAAAAGAAGCAAACAGGAAGCUUAUUAACAAGAAAUUUGGCAGAUUUAGUGAAGAAGGAACACUUUAUCUUGGAUAGCGAAUAUUUAACUACUUUGCUUGUAAUCGUCCCAAGAGCAAAUUUCCAGGAGUGGCAUAGUGGAUAUGAAAAAUUAACAAAAAUGAUAGUACCACGUACCACACAACUCAUCGCUCAAGAUGUUGAGUAUGGAUUAUUUACUGUUACUUUGUUUAAAAAAGUUAUCGAUGAAUUUAAAUUACACGCACGUGAAAAGAAGUUCAUUGUUCGUGAUUUUACAUAUAAUGAAGAGGAAUUAGCAGCAGGAAAAAAUGAGAUAACAAAAUUGGUAACAGAUAAAAAGAAACAAUUUGGGCCUCUUGUACGUUGGUUAAAAGUUAACUUUAGUGAGUGUUUUUGUGCAUGGAUUCAUGUUAAAGCUUUGCGCGUAUUUGUAGAAUCUGUCCUAAGGUAUGGAUUACCUGUAAAUUUUCAAGCGAUAUUAUUACAUCCUCAUAAAAAAUGUGCGAGGCGUUUACGUGAUGUUCUGAACCAGCAUUACGCUCAUUUAGAUUCCUCUGCUACAACAUCGUCUGGUGCACAAGGAAAUCAAGAUAGCGUGGAUAUACCAGGGUUAGGUUUUGGCCAAAAUGACUAUUUCCCUUAUGUGUAUUAUAAAAUCAACGUAGAUAUGGUUGACAAUAAGGUCUAAUUAUUGAAGUGAUGAGUCUAUUUUCUUAUAUUUUAAAUAUCCUUUCAUUUACAUAAAACAUACUUCCAUAUCUCCAGGUACUUAAAGCAGGUGCGUACAAAGUAGUUUAUAUGAACUAUGAUCAUUUCUGUUUACAUGAACUACAAUAUAUUGCAUUUUUUAAAACUUUGCUACGAUCUUGAUUUUCAAUGUAAAUGUAAUUAUUAUUGAUUCACUUCCAGGAGUAUAUCAAAUAUUUACUCAAAACUGAUAUUUUUAUAGUACAUCAAAAUGCCUGGAGAGAUGUAUGUACUUUGAUAUUAGCUUAAUAUAAACUAUGCAUAAUAGAAUGCACAAUCAUUUGUAUAAAUUUUAGCAGACGAAUUUGAAUACAUCUUUCAAAUUUUCUUUUUUUUUUUUAAACAGGCUAUAUUUGAUUGAACAAAAUACAUUAGUACAAAUGAGAUUCAUAAUAUGAUUAUAUACUUUAAAUUUGCAGCUUUAAACAAAAUUGAAUAUAUUAAAUAUUAACAACCAUAAUAAUCACAUUCUGCGUAAAAUGCCUGUAUAAAUGUACCAAAAUUCUCACAAUUAAAUAUAGCACAACCUAUUUUAUAUAGUACUACAUGAAGAGCAAAAAAUAUAUUGUGCCAGAAUAGAAAUUCUGCAAUGUAGAAUUGUAUUAUGUUAUGUAUUGCUUAUAAAAUUAAGACCAUUGUGAAUAUUGUUAUAAAGAAGAAAGUGCAUCUUGUUACAAGACAUAUGUCAUAAUAUCUGUUUUGAUUCAAAUGCUUUUACCAUGUUCAUUCAAUAGGUCUUCAUAAUGCAUAUUGUAUUAUGCGACAACUAGUAAAAUAAGUGUUAUUGAAGUGUUAAGAUACUGUAAAUUUAUUUCACUAAUAUUAAAAACUAAUGUUUUAACAAUGCAGAGUGUACCAGAUACAUGCCAAUGUAUCAAUGUUACUUAUUAAAAACUAUAAAACUGCAAAACA